AUGCAGCCCCAGCGACACCUGCGUGAGUCCCUCACGCCCCAGCAGCUGCGUGAGUGGUACGCUGGUUGGGGCUGUAGGGGUGGCGACGCUACUCCUACUUCCACUCCUGCUGCUUCUACUCGUGGUGGCGGCCAGAUGCAGCUCCCGCGACCCUCUCGCGUGUCUCUCACGCCUCGCCAGCUUCGUGAGUGGUACGCUCAGAGUGGAGGGUCUCUCAGUGCUGUUCGCUGCUCUUACGUGAUUCGCACUGGUACUCGGACUGGUAUAGGACCUGCUGCUCUAGCUACUGGUGAGGCUGCUGCUCUGGGUGCUAGUGAGUCUCCUGCUCCAGGUACAGGUGCGGCUGCUGCUCUAGGUGCUAGUGAGUCUGCUUCCUCAGGUGCGGGUGAGGCUGCGCUCUCAGGUACCGCGUUGGCUUCGGCCUCCCUCACCUUUACACUUGACUCUGGGGCUUCUCGCUCCUUCUUUCGGGACCGCACCACACUCACGCCGCUUGGUCGGCCGGUUGCUGUCUCCCUGGCUGACCCCUCUGGGGGUCCUGUCCUCGCUCACUUCUCCACUGUCCUCCCGUGUCCGGCUGCCCCCUCGGGCACCCUGUCUGGCCUGUACCUCCCCUCGUUCUCGACGAACUUGGUGAGUGGUGCAGACCUACAGGAUGCGGGGGUUCACCAGUUCACUCCUGCGAGUCAGCGGGUGACCCACUGCACGGACGCACGCACAGGCCGGCACUUGGCCACGUUCUCGCGUCGGCCGGGGUCGAGCCUCUACACCCUGACCACUGAGUCUCCUCCUGUCCCCGCGUCCGGUCAGGUAGCAGCGUCGGGUCAGGUGUUUGCUGCUGCGUCCAGGUCUGGUCCUGAGUCUGCCCCCUGUUCGUGUCGCCUCCUGUCUCACGAGACUCUUCUGUGGCACCACCGUCUAGGCCACCCCUCCUUGCCCCGUCUUCGGGGCAUGGCUUCCCGUGUCCUUGUCUCUGGUCUUCCCCAGUCUCUCCCUCCCCUUCCUUCGGGACCAGGACCUUCCUGUGUCCCCUGUGUCGAGGGGCGCCUCAGGGCUGCUCCUCACUCCUCCCAGUUUCCCCCGACAGAGGCUCCUCUGCAGACGCUUCACAUGGACGUGUGGGGCCCGGCCCCCGUCCGUGGGCAGGGUCACGAGCGCUACUUCCUGUUGGUGGUUGACGACUACUCGCGUUACACCUCAGUCUUCCCCUUGCGCAGCAAGGGUGCUGUCACUGAGGUGCUGAUCGACUGGAUCCGCGAGGCUCGUCUCCAGCUCAGGAGGAGCUUCGGCUCGGACUUUCCUGUUCUGCGUCUGCACUCUGACCGAGGUGGGGAGUUCUCCUCUCGCCUUCUGCGAGACUACUGUCGUGCACAGGGGAUCCGCCAGACCUUUACGCUUCCGGACUCUCCACACCAAAAUGGGAUUGCUGAGCGCCGCAUUGGCAUGGUCAUGGAUGUCGCUCGUACGUCCAUGAUGCAUGCGGCUGCCCCCCAUUUUCUGUGGCCGUUUGCGGUUCGGUACGCGGCGCAUCAGCUCAACCUUCACCCCAGGGUCUCUCGGCCCGCGAUGUCCCCAGUGUUACUGUGGACAGGGAAGGUCGGCGAUGCGUCUGCGUUCCGUGUCUGGGGAUCUCGGGCGUUUGUCCGCGACUUGUCUGCGGACAAGCUAUCCCCCCGUGCUGCUCCCUGUGUCUUCCUUGGCUUCCCCCCUGACGCUCCAGGGUGGCAGUUCUACCACCCCUCCUCUCGUCGUGUUCUGUCCUCCCAGGACGUCACGUUCGACGAGUCAGUCCCCUUCUACCGCCUCUUCCCCUACCGUACUCCUUCCCUCCCCCCCCCACCGGACUUCCUGGUACCAGUUCCCCCCCCGGUAGACCCCCUCCCCCCUCAGGUUCCUGCCCCUUCAGGUGUGUCCCAGGUAGACACGGUCGAGCCAGUCGAGGUUGCUGCUGAGUCUGGUCCUGCUGCGGGUGCUGAGCCUGGGGGUGCUGAGCCUGGGGGUGCGAGGCCGGGGGGUGCUGAGUCUGGGGGUGCUGAGCCGGGGGGUGCUGAGCCGGAGGGUGCUACGUCAGGAGCUGCUGAGCCUGGGGGUGCUGGGCCUGGAGGUGCGGAGCCUGCGCCUGCUGGACCUGGGGGCUCUCCGGUUCUUCCGUCUCGGCGGGAGCCGCUCUCUCCACAGGAGCUGCGCGAGUGGUUUGCUCGCCGCUGGAGGCGUGCUGCUGGAGCUGGAGCUUCUUCGCCUGCUGAGGGUGCUGCCGGUCCCGGAGCUGCUGGGCCUGCGAGUCCUACUGGAGCUGGAGCUACUGAGUCUGGGGGUGCUGAGUCUGGAGCUGCUGAGCCUGGAGGUGCUGAGUCUGGAGCUGCUGAGCCUGGGGGUGCUACGUCUGGAGCUGCUGUGCCUGGGGGUGCUGAGUCUGGAGCUGCUGAGCCUGGGGUUUCUCCUGCUGCUGCGUCUCGCCGGGAGCCCCUCUCUCCACAGGAGCUGCGCGAGUGGUUUGCUCGCCGCUGGAGGAGUGCUGCUGGAGCUGGAGCAUCGUCGACCGUCGAGGGUGCUGGUGCUGCCGGUCCCGGAGCUGCUGGGCCUGCGGGUCCUACUGGAGCUGGAGCUGCUGAGGGUGUUGGUGCUGAGACUACUGCUGUCUGUCGUGGCGGUGGUUCUGCUGCUGGUGCUGCUGGAGGUCCUGCCGCUGGAGGUGUUGGUGGCGCUGGUGCUGUCGCUGAGGGUGCUGGUGCUGUCCCUGCUGAGUCUGGAGCUGCCGCGCGGCCUCGGCCGUACUUCGUUCCGCUCCUACAGCAGGUUCUUGGUCUUUCUCCUUCGGUAGAGUGUCCACAGCCUGUCCAGUCGCAGUCACUGUUGGAGCCUUCCUCUCCUCUGCCUGCUCCCUCUCCUUACACUGGUCCUACUGAAGGUCUUGCUGAGCGUCGUGAGCCUGCGUCUCGUCCCGCGUCGCCGGUUCGUGCUGCUCGCGCUAUUGGUCGCGGUUCGCGUCAGCUUCCUCCUCUUGUCCCUGGCACGCACCGGAUGUCUCUGCGUCCGUCCACUGCUCCUCUGCGUGCCCCUUUGCCUUCUCCUCCUAAGUCCUCUCUUCCUGCGCUUGCCGACCCUGAGUCGGACUCUCUUCGCGCUGCCAGUCCUACUGUCACGCGUCUGCUUGCUACUGUCGUCACUGACCCCUCUUUUGAGUCCACUGCUGCGUCUGCUCUAGUCGCUGAGCUCGUUGACUUUGCUGCUCGCUGUCGUCUCGACUACGCUGCUAGUCUUGUUGCUGAGUCUGCGUCUGUCUGUCCUCCGUCCGUCGGGGGUGAGUGUGCUCUUGGCACGGACGUCCUAGAGGACAGGCAGGAGGAGUUACAGUGUCUAGCGGCUGCUUCACCUCAUCUCGCGUCUGUACUGCUUGCCCCUGAGGGAGACCCGGAUGCACUAGACAUCCCGACUCCGCGUUCUUACGCGGAGGCCGUAGAGGGUCCCUACUCCUCUCAGUGGCAGGCAGCUAUGGAUGCAGAGAUGGCUUCCUGGAAGUCCACAGGCACCUACGUUGACGCGGUUUCCCCUCCUGGGGCGAACAUCGUCAGUGGCAUGUGGAUCUUCAGGGUGAAGCGGCCGCCGGGCUCUCCACCUGUCUUCAAGGCAUGGUACGUUGCUCGUGGCUUCAGUCAGCGGCAGGGAGUUGACUACUUUCAGACCUUCUCUCCCACCCCGAAGAUGACCACUCUUCGGGUGCUGCUGCACAUAGCCGCUCAGCGCGACUACGAGCUUCACUCUCUCGACUUCAGCACUGCGUUCCUGCAGGGUAGCCUGCACGAGGAGAUCUGGCUGCGCCGUCCACCUGGCUUCACUGGGACUUUCCCUCCUGGCACCCAGUGGAGCCUCCGACGGCCAGUCUACGGUCUCCGCCAGGCACCGCGUGAGUGGCACGACACACUGAGGACUACGCUUGCGGCUCUUGGGUUUGCUCCUUCUACUGCUGACCCGUCGCUGUUUCUGCGCACCGACACUUCACUGCCGCCGUUCUACAUCCUCGUGUACGUCGACGACUUGGUCUUUGCCACAGCGGACACUGCUGGACUCGCCUACGUGAAGUCCGAACUGCUGAAGAGACACACGUGCACAGACCUGGGUGAACUGCGCAGCUACCUUGGCUUGCAGAUCACUCGGGACAGAGCACGCCGCACCAUUACCUUGACUCAGUCACACAUGGUGCAGCAGGUCCUUCAGCGCUUUGGCUUCACGUACUCCUCGCCUCAGGCCACUCCUCUGCCUACUCGCCACUCACUCUCAGCUCUGCCUUCGGAUGAGUCCGUAGAGUCGAGUGGUCCGUAUGCAGAGCGUGUUGGCUGCCUCAUGUACCUGAUGACCUGCACACGACCUGACCUUGCAUACCCUCUGAGCAUUCUUGCACGCUAUGUUGCUCCUGGGAGACACAGACCAGAGCACAUGGCUGCAGCGAAGAGGGUAUUGCGCUACCUGUGCAGUACGUCGGGCAUGGGGCUAGUGCUUUGA